UUGAAACAGCGUCCAGUGCAGCCAUGACAACAGAGUGUUAAAGAUGGGAGGACUGACACCACCCAGGAAACCUUCAAAAUCAAGACCACGACAAAAAGCUCUGAAAUGUACUGUAGAACUAAAACUGCACGCUAUCACAUGUCCAGGAGUCCUGUUACCAUCCCAUGAGGAUAUCUACUUGAGCGUCCAGAUGAUGGGCCAAUACCACAAAACGAAGUGUGUCUCCUCUGCCUUCCCUCUUCUGCUGCAUGAAAACAUGGUGUUUACUAAGGCUUUCUCAGGAGCAUUUGACCCUGGUGAUAUACCUAAUCAUCUGGAGAGUAAGAGCUAUGCGGGGCCAUAUGAUACAACCUGUUUGGAGCUCAUCCAGCUUGUUCCCCCAGAAGGUGAAAUUCUGGCCACAUUUGAGGAGAACACCAGAGACUUCCUUUAUCCAGGCCUAAGUCUGAUUCCCAAAACCCCAGGUUCACAAAGAGAAGUUCUCAUGAAGAAAUCUGCCUCGUUCCUGGGGAUUUCACCCAAAGUGGAAUUUUCAACCAUAUCAGUUAUUGAGGAGUGUGAGAUGAAGAGUAGCCAGCCAGCCAUCUCACCACGUGGAACUUUAGCCUCCAAAGCCUGUCAUGUAAGACCAAGAAAGUCAAAGCCAAAAGCAGCAGAACCAUGUGGCUACCAAAGGCCUACAGUAGCAUCACAGAGCCGCUGCCCAUCGCCAUACACUCACCGUAGGAUGUGCCAACUCGCUGACGAUGCCACACAGCGCCUCCGUCACCUCCAGCUCGGACCCUACACCUUUAAGAAAGACACAGCACCUCAGCUGCCUUUUGUGGUUCCUUGUAGUCCCAACUCUUCACUAAUUGAAUCUCCAACAACAUCUUCAGCUCUGCAGUCUUCACCUAAAAGAAACUCCUUCCACCAGACAUCCGUCAGAGGUCAUUCUCAGAUUGUGUGUCCUGUAUCUCCUGGGGGAAAGUCCACAACUUUCCUCAGCAGUCCCUCUCACAGAAGAAACCCUGCUUAUCAGUCCACCCCUGUGUCCUGCAGCCUCAGGGAUCAGAGUCCUCUACUCAGCCGCUCCACACUCAGAGAAAGGUUUCAGAGUCCAUCCAGUUCCUCACACUCGCAAGAGAUCCACAGACGAGUUCAGAAGAUUUUACACGCACACGCCAUUCCCCGCAAGCUCUCAUUUGAGGAGCAGAGUGAAGGAGAAUCUGGUCGGAAUGAACCUGGUCCCUCCUGCCAUGAUUCAAUACAUUACAGCCAUCGACAAGCAGACAGGGUUAUUCCUGGAGAGCCAUCUGUUCAUUUAGAUGACGGAACAUUCUGGACAGACAAAGCUGCCAAAUACACCGGGAAGUCCCACAGAGCAGUGUUUGAGGACAGCCUUGGCAAAAUCUACAAGAACCUAUACAGAAAAGCAUCAAGUCCCACACACACUGACUCACAAAGCACUUGGACAUCGUCACCUAUCCAAGAUGGCUAGUUUUCCUUUAAGCCAGUUAUUAUUUAUUUCAUCACACUCCAAACCAACAUUUCUCUGCUAAUUUUCAGAAGCCAUUAAUAUUACUGUUGUGUGCAUUCUGGUUAUAUAUGCUGAUUACUUGAGAAAAAAAAUAGAACAAGGCAAGUAUGCUGUUAUAGGAAGAUACUCAACAACAGAAUGCAAAAUAAGUUACUGUUACCAAAGUGGAUUUCUUUACCCUAACAGCAUAUCCUAUUAUACCACAGCUACUUGCAAAUUUAUUUAUUUUUGUUAAUUAUACAAUGACGCACUUCCCCUUCUUCUCUCUUGAACUAAAGGAAGCUUGGCGUAGUGAUCAACACUGUCGCCUCACAGCAAGAAGGUUCUGGGAUCUCCAGUGGCCUUUCUGUGUGGAGUUUGCAUGUUCUCCCUGUGUCUGUGUGGGUUUCCUUCACGGUUCAAAGACAUGCAGGUUAGGCUAAGGUGCCCUUGAGCGAGGCACCUCCCCGCCUGCUCCCCGGGCACUGUUAGCAUGGCUGCUUCAGAUGGGUUAAAUGCAGAGAGGAAUUUCACAUGAUGGACCACGGUUGUUGUUCUUAUGUCACAAGAGUUACACAAGGACUAGUUUCUCAGUGCCAAUACAGCUUUACAAAAGUUACACUUUACCUCUAAUGUGGACUCCUUUCAAACCUUGAGAUUCUAAAUUUGAUAUUAACGAUUACACAUGCCAGUGCACUGUGGUAUUACAAUUUCCCUUCACUGGAAUUAAGAGGCCCAAACUGUGUAUAAAUCUACAAUCCAUGUAACACCUGGAACUACUGCAAGAAUAAUGCAUAUCAUGUCACGUCACAGUCCCAUAGCGGCAUUACUGAUGACAUUUAAACGUGGCAGAGCCCCUCCCUCUCCAAGCCUGAUCAAUGGGCAAUUUAGAGUAGCGAGUUAGCCUAACUGCACGUCUUUGGACGAAACCCACGCGGAGGACAUGCAAACUCCAACAAUAAUGCACACCUUCCACAGUGCUGCAAGUAUAAUCAUGAACAUUCAGGUCAUCUUCCUCUGUGAUAAUGAUGCGAGUGCUGUUUCCAAACAGAAGGAAAAAAAAAAUAGCUACACGGCUGGCUGGUUUACAUGAUUUAUUAGUGAUCGGUUUGACAGAUCUUAAAUGAGCACUGUCGUGUUGUGGGAUCCUCCAAACCGGUGGCACAACUCAGGCUUCUUCACUCAAGAAAACAAAAACAGACAUCAAGCUACUAACGUGUUUAACCUUAUUCUACAGUUUUGCUUUACAGUUUUCUUUACACUUUUGUAUUGCAUAUGUUUUAGUAAAAAGAUUUAAAAUGAUAAAACACCCUCAAUUAAAAUUCAUUAUAUUAAAAAACUGUUACACAAAGACUGUGCCCAACUUUACAUAAACUGCAUCAAUCUCCCUGGUAUUUACAUAAAACACCACAUGUAUGAAAUGUAAAAAAUGACUGUAGCUUACAUCAUUUCUUUUUAUGAAAUUUAUGCUUCUUUUUAUUCAUCUUUCCAGCUGCUGCUGCUGCUUUUUCUGCCACGAUCUCUCUAUACUUCCUCUUGUUAAAACUGAAAAGGUGAAACAAAGAAAGGUGGUGUUUAUACCAAAAUAUGUAAAAACAAACUUAGGCUUUAAAAAAAAAAAAAAAAUCCCAUGUAUUAAGGGCUCUAAAUUAAAUGCAUGUGUUUACCAGAGCCCCCAAGAAAAAACUAAAUUUUAUUCAGCACUCCAUAUCUAACAGGGAUGUGAUUUUUCCGCUUUUUUCACCUCAAAAUUUGAAAAAAAAUUUUCCGAUUUUUUGCUCAAAAAUCCGCAUUCGUAUCCCAUUUGUUCCGACUUUCAGUAAUUCCGUCAUUGAGAUGAAACGAGGUACGUGAUUGGCCCAUCGCUCUGUAACAACCAAUGAACGCGCUUGUUAGAUAGCUGUACGUAAGCUUGCUUCAAACAAAGAGUUGAAAGAUGGCAGCCUCCGUGAUCGAGCGUAAAGAUGCAAAUCGAGUUAAAGAAAAUCGACAGAAUAGUGAAAAACAAGUUCCGCUGGGAAUGGUUGGAGAAAGAGGUUGCUACAGAUGUUGGACAUAAGACUGUGAGACAUUUGUUCAGCGAUUUCGUUCUUUGGGGAGAGGGCAGCGGUCUCUGGCUGUCAAGUUUGGGGCAGUUGGGACCUCCCCUGCCCGAGCUACGAGCGUGCAAAGUCGGGCUGGAGCCCGGGAUAGAAACGAAGCCUAAGCGGAGCGCCGCAGCUCGCCUCGGGGCAAAUUACGUCCUGAGGCGCGGGGCUAGCGCGCCCUGCCCACGCUGGUUCUUUGGGGGGAGGGCAGAGGACUCUGGCUGUCAAGUUUGGGGAUGCUGGGACCUCCCAUGCCCGAGCUACGAGCGUCCAAAGUUGGGCUGGAGCCCGGGAUAGAAACGAAACCCAAGUGAGUGAACACAGUAGUUCUGAAUAUCCUUAAGUGAGUGAACACUGUGGAGUUAUGAUUAUCCUUUGGUGAGUGAACACUGUAGAGUUAUGUAUAUGAAGUUGACAUUGCUAGAGUAGAAACUGCAGAAAAAAAGUGACUGAUCUGCUGGAACUGGACAUGGAUGCUAGCAUCUUUUUUUCUUUGAGAGUUCCUGAAGACUUGUGGAUGAAUUCUUAUGUUGCAUCAUGUUUGUUUGAAAAGGCACAUUUAGGUAUGUUCAACUUCUACAGUAAUUGAAAGUAUAAAUUUUGUUUUUCCUUAUACAAAUUUUCUAUUUAUUCUAAUGCAGAUGAUUUUAUUUAGAAUGACAUUUUUAGGUUUCAUGUUUUGGCUUUUUGUCAGUUAAGAAUCAUUGAAUUUACUAUAGGGGCUCAGAGUUGCAUGUUGACCAUUAAAGUGGCUUGAAUUUGUUAAUCAUGACAAGUUUUUUCUUGUGUUUGCUUGCCAUUUUAGUACAAUUUUUAAGUCAGAAAACCCCAGGAGCUUCGGGGGGCCUGCGGCCCCCAGACCCCCGGCUAAAAUUUUCAGAUAAUUUCACCAGCCCCAAAUCACAUCCCUGAUCUAAUUUACCUUCUGAACUCUGCAUCAGCAAGUAAUUCUUCCACAAUAGUCCUCUUCCUCUCUUUCUUCGGAAUUCGGGAAUGGUAGAAGUCUAUGGGGUUAUCAACCACUGUUCCGAUCUGCAGAAGAGCACAUUUGAAAUACAUUUGUGUCAAAAUUCCCUCAACCAAGUACACAAAAUACAAGGCUUUGUACGCCAUUACAAAAGAAAAAAAAAAUGCACUUUUCCCCAUACGUUUAUUUAUUACUUUGGGAAAUUUAUUAGCUUCACAGAUCAAGAAAUCAAAAGUGCUGGAUUAGUCCUCACUUCAAAGUAUUUGGGAAGUCCUUGUCUGUCGUUCUUCUUGUAAAAGCGCUUUGGGUCUAUGGCUGAACGCAUCUGUAAGGCCUUGAGGUCAUUCUUCAGUUCCUCCGUUAAUUCAGGAGCGCUCAUGUUGAACCAGCCAUCUCCUGUGGUCUUGGCUCUUUCCUCCUGUGCAUUACAUUAAAAAAAAAAACCUUCACCUUAAUCCUUGCUCCGUGUUCCUGCAUAAAAAUACCACAGCACUGACUGAGGAACACGUUUACUUACCCUGCGCUUUAAUUUCGUAGCAUGCCUGGAUUCCUUGUAUGGUGGCACAGUGUCUUUCUUUUCAAAGUCUGCAACAAUCACACUCUUCUUCAGCAACUGCAAAACGAGCAAAGAGAUUCAGAUGAAAUGAAGCAUUUGAAAAUCUACCAUUUGAUUUGAGUGCUUUGAACUUAACACUCACGCUAAAAUUCUAGUCACGAUUUGUGAGUACGUAGAAAGGCAAUUUUUGUAAAUACCUGUAACUUUAAUUACUUCUUUUAAACUAUCCAAAAAGGCAUAUUACUAGAAAGGUGCAUUUCAAUGAUAAAGGACUUUUUAUUAUCAGUAAAGAAUGCAACUUGCCACUGAUUUUAAAAACAAUUUGUUGACAGAAAACACGGGUUCAUAGAAAUCCACAAAAAUGACACUGUUGCCUGUUUAGGUUCACAAGAGUUGAACUUACAUAAUGUUUACAGAAUAAACAAGUUUGAAGCAUGAAUCAAGCUAUAUCUAUCUGCACAUUAUAAGAUGUAACCGACUGUUGCCUCACAGCAAGAAGGUCCGGGUUCGAGCCCAGCGGCCGACGGGGGCCUUUCUGUGUGGAGUUUGCAUGUUCUCCCCAUGUCUGCGUGGGUUUCCUCCGGGUGCUCCGGUUUCCCCCACAGUUCAAAGACAUGCAGUUAGGUUAACGUGGGGCGGCCUUGGGCUGAAGUGCCCUUGAUCGAGGUACCUGACCUCUGACUGCUCCCCGGGCGCUGUAGUGUUCACUGCUUCAGAUGGGUUAAAUGCAGAGGAUGAAUCUCACUGUGCUUGAAGUGUGCAUGUGACAAAUAAAGGUUGUUUUUUCUUCUUCUCAAAAUACCCUAUGUUGUCUCAUUUUGAGCACCAGAUGUCACUAGCGUGUUGAAAAAGUCACCAUAUAUUCCCUAGCCACUUAUAUUCUUAGAAAAUGAGGUCCCAUCUAGCAAUGUAAUGGUUCUGUGGUUUGUCACUCUGGGGAACCCUCCAGCCAUCCAUCCAUUAUCCGUAACCGCUUAUCCUGUGCAGGGUCAGGGGCAAACUGGAGCCUAUCCCAGCUGACUAUGGGUGAGAGGUGGGGUACACCCUGGACAAGUCACUAGGUUAUCACAGGGCUGACACAAACAACCAUUCACACCUACGGUCAAUGUAGAGCCACCAAUUAGCCUAACCUGCAUGUCUUUGGACUGUGGGGGAAACCGGAGCACCCGGAG